UCCUUUCAAAGUUUCUUUCUUUCCAUUUCUUCUUCCCUAGCUUAUUUACUCUCAGUUAGAUCUCCUCCUCCUCCUCAUCAUCAUUACUUGAUGUUCUCAAAACCCAUCAUGACAACUGCAGCUUCUGCUUCAUCAUUUCCUUUCCCUGAUCUUUCCUUACAGAUCAGCCCCCCCUCAGUGAAUAUUAAUCCAGAUUGUGAAGGAUACGACAUCAGUCUGUCAACAAGAAAGGCAGUUCAGACUAGCGACCAUGGGAGCUCAACCACUGAAUCUGGUACUAGUACUGGAAGUGAUAUCAGCCAUGAAAAUGGGUUCAUGAGUGGUAACUACAAUGGUACUACUAGUCUUGAUCCUCAGAGAGAACCCAAGUUGAGCUUAGGGUUUGAAAUGCCAGAUUUUGGGCCUCCGUCAUCAGCAAGAUCAAGGAAUCCCAGCCACCACCACAAACCUCAAAUCUACGGUCGUGAGUUCAAGAGAAGUAAUGGGAGAAUGAUUAAUGGAGUGAUGAUGAAGAGAAGUGUUAGGGCUCCCAGGAUGAGAUGGACCACAACUCUACACGCUCAUUUUAUUCAUGCCGUUCAGCUUCUUGGUGGCCAUGAAAGAGCUACGCCAAAAUCUGUAUUAGAGCUGAUGAAUGUGAAGGAUCUAACCCUAGCUCAUGUGAAGAGUCACUUACAGAUGUACAGAACAGUGAAGAGCACUGACAAAGGAUCAGGUCAAGGACAGGCAGAUCAUAUGGGUUUGAACCAAAGAGCUUCAGGGAUUAUUAAUGGUCAUGAUGAUGAUGGAUUGGCUUAUACUAGAACAACUUAUCAAACCAACUCUUCUUAUGCCCCUCUCAAUCCAUUACAAACAAAUCUUACAAAACCCACCCAGAUACAUUCUUGGUCAUUGCCAAUGGAGACAAAUAAUGAGAAAACACCAAGUCUUAAUCAGAAUGCUUUGACAUAUUCUCAAUUCAAGGAGGAGGGGAAGAGGGCUGGAGAACUCCAAGUGUCUGAUAGUGUGGAGGAGAGCUUGGAUUCUACUUCUUUGUCUGCUUCAGAUAUGUUACUUAAUUUAGAGUUUACCCUUGGAAGGCCAAGCUGGAAAAUGCACUAUGUUGAAUCUUCAAAUGAGUUGACCCUUCUAACCGGUUGAAA